AUGGCACGAUUAAUGAUUGCAGGAAAUUCAAAGAUUUAAUAGAGAUAAUCAAAAUGGGGUUUUGUUGAAAAUGAAGAAAUCCCUAUUCAAAAAGAAAAGAUUUUAGCGAUAUAUGUUGAUGACAUUUUAACAGAUUAGAAAAUCACUCCUUUAAACAUUUAAAUUAACAUUAAAGAAUUGAACAAAUAUAAAAUAGAUUCACUUAUAAAAAAAGAAUUACAUGACUUUCUAAAAUAAAGGGAUAUCUUAAAUAAGAAUAUUUUUUUUUAUGAUAUAUAUGGCAACUAAAUAAAAUACUAUUCAAAGUCAUGUAAAUCAUAUCUAUUCAGUACAAGAUCGAAUUUAUUUUGGUUAUUUGUAAGACCAUUCGAUCACUAUUUAAAAUAAAUUAAUAAAAUUGAUAGAGGAGCAGCUCAAAGCUAUCAUUCUAAUGAUGAAUUACUAUAACUACCUAUUGGAAAACUAAAAUCCUGUCUUUCUCUCAUAUCUGUUCAUUAGGAAGUACCAAAAUCACCUCCAACAACACAUAGAGGCCUAUUUUUAACAAAAGAAAUGAGAAAUUUACAAUCAGUUUAUGAUAAUUACACAAGAACUACAAGUGUUUAAUCUUCGAGACCCUUUCUUUCACCAAAAAGCUAGAAAUAAAGCUUAGCCUUCACAAGCAGAAUUAAAAUGAAUAAACAAGAGAAGUACUUUAUUGAAAACAUGUAGAAAUGUGAAGAGGAAUUGCAAACAUAUAUAGAAAAUAUGCAUAGUUAAUUAUCGUAAAAAACGGAUGAUGUUGAAAAAAUUAUUAAAUUUUAUGAUCAAAUUUAAUAUCCUACUCCAAAAAGCAGAGCAUUUGAAUCUAAGACUCUUUCAUAAAGAAUAAGUCAUCCUUUAUAAUUAAUUUUAGAAAAAGAAUAAUUGAAAAAUAAAUUUUAACCAAGGAAUCACUUUUCUGAUGAAUAAAAUUGGUUGGAAAGCAUUCCUUUGCUUACUGAAAUGAAUAUACCUGAAAUUUAAACAAAAUAUAAGCUAAAUCGAGCUUAAUUAUAUGCUUUUUAUUCAUUUUUUAAAGUACUUCAAUUAUUAACUGCUAUAACAUAAAAAAAAAACAAAAGCAAGUUAACUAAAGGAAUCUCAUAUGAGUUUUAUAGAUAAGGAAUUGAAAACAUAUAAGAAUAAUCUGAAUAUAUGGCUAAAGGAAUAUUCAAUAUAAUAGAUUCUAGAUGUUCUGGAUUUUUGGAUUGGCAACAAUUUUUAUUUCUGAUGAGUUCAGUUUAGGCCAAAACAAAAGAAGAACGGAUUGAUCUGUUUAUAAAAAUAGCAGAUAUGGAUAGAAAUGGUAAACUCUCUUAUCCAGAAGUUUAAAAAUUAAGUCUUUAAACUAUGAGUAAGAUAGUCAAAACAUAAGAUUUCAAUUUUCUAAAUGAUAUAUCAGAAUUUUUUACUAGAGUAAUUUUUGACUCUGUCAAUAUCCCAUAUGAUAAAGAAAUAGAUUUUCAUUGCUUAAAGGAUAUCAUUACAAAAGGACACCCUCAUUCGGAUUUGCUAUGCUUAUUUUGUGGGGCUGAAUUUUGA